CCUGGAGCUCAGGCACUCCCACUAGCGGUCCAGUCCGCGAGUUCUCUUUCCUGAUCUCCUUCACCAGUCGAGUGUCGGCCGAACUCAGGAUUGCACAUCUCUAGACGACCCCCGGCUGCCCAGACGUCCAAAGCCCCUGGAGACAGCAGCAGAGGCGCGGCGCGGAACCUGCGGCUGGAGGGACUUGGGGAAGAGGAGAGGGUCCGCGCGCCGGAGGCGGGAGGGGGCUAGAGUGAGGGAUUCGAGGGAAGCUGCAGCCCCGCCCCCCGCCUCCUCCUCUCCUCGGGUUCAGACCCGGAGGAGCCGGGGAGCAUGGACCAGACAUCGCAGCGCUGGCACCAUGACGCUCACCCGCUUCGUGGUGGCUCUGAUUUUAGGGGCGAUUCCCGAAGUGGUCAGCCUUGAUCCGGUCCUCAGUUACCCCCUCCGCCACCGCCACCGCCUUUCGUACCUUCCGGGUUCCGCGUACUCUUACCUUGCCACCCAGCAGCAGCCGCUGAGGACGCCUCCGCAGCCUCCUCUCCCCGGCGUCCGGCGUCUCCCACCAGCGCUCCAUGCCCAGCGCCUGCACGCCCUCCACGCGGGGCACACGCCUGGGCCGCACCCCAGGGGCUGCUCUGCGGCAGAACCGUGGGUCAAUGUGACGGACUUCGGCGCCCCUUGUCUGCGCUGGGCAGAAGUGCCCCCCUUCCUGGAGCGGUCACCGCCGGCGGGAUGGGCUCAGUUGCGAGGUCAGCGCCACAACUUUUGCCAGAGUCCAGACGGCGCGGGCAGACCCUGGUGCUUCUACGCAGUCGCCCGCAGCAAAGUGGACUGGGGCUACUGCGACUGCCGACACAGUCCAACUUUCCCGGUGGUCCGCCUUGCUGGUGGAAGCAGUACGUCUGAAGGCCGAGUGGAACUCUUCCAUGCUGGUCAGUGGGGAACUGUUUGUGACGACCAAUGGGAUGAUGCAGAUGCAGAAGUGAUCUGCAGGCAGCUUGGCCUGAGUGGCAUUGCCAAAGCAUGGAACCAAGCAUAUUUUGGAGAAGGAACUGGCCCAGUAAUGUUGGAUGAAGUACGCUGUACCGGAAAUGAGCUUUCUAUUGAGCAGUGUCCAAAGAGUUCCUGGGGAGAACAUAAUUGUGGUCAUAAGGAAGAUGCUGGUGUGUCCUGUACCCCUUUAACAGAUGGGAUAAUCAGACUUGCAGGUGGAAAAGACAGCCAUGAGGGUCGCCUGGAAGUGUAUUACAAGGGACAGUGGGGCACCGUCUGUGAUGACGGCUGGACUGAACUGAAUACAUACGUUGUUUGCCGACUGCUGGGAUUUAAGUACGGAAAGCAAGUCUCUGCAAUCGAUUUUGAAGAAAGCACAGGGCCCAUCUGGUUGGAUGACAUCAGCUGCUCUGGAAAGGAAACUAGUUUCCUUCAGUGUUCCGGGCGACCGUGGGGAAGGCACGACUGCAGCCAUCGGGAAGACGUCGGAGUCGCCUGCUACCCUGGCAGAAAUGGACACAGAUUCUCUGUGGGUUUUCCCAUCAGACUAAUGGAUGGAGAAAAUAAGAAAGAAGGACGAGUGGAAGUUUUUAUCAAUGGCCAGUGGGGAACGAUUUGUGAUGAUGGAUGGACUGAUAAGGAUGCAGCUGUGAUCUGUAGACAGCUUGGCUACAAGGGUCCUGCCAGAGCAAGAACCAUGGCAUAUUUUGGGGAAGGACAAGGACCCAUCCACGUGGAUAACGUGAAGUGCACAGGAAACGAGCGGUCCCUAGCUGACUGUAUUAAACAAGAUAUUGGAAGACACAACUGCCACCACAGUGAAGAUGCAGGGGUUAUUUGUGAUUAUUUUGGCAAGAAAGCAUCAGGUAACAGUUAUAAAGGCUCCCUUUCAUCUGUCUGUGGUUUGAGAUUACUGCAUCGGCGGCAGAAGCGUAUCAUUGGUGGCAAAAAUUCUUUAAGGGGUGGUUGGCCUUGGCAAGUUUCCCUCCGGCUGAAAUCAUCCCAUGGAGACAGUAGGCUCCUUUGUGGGGCCACACUCCUGAGUAGCUGCUGGGUCCUUACAGCGGCACACUGUUUCAAGAGGUAUGGUAAUAGCACUAAGAACUAUGCUGUUCGAGUUGGGGAUUAUCAUACUUUGGUGCCCGAGGAGUUUGAAGAAGAAAUUGGAGUCCAACAGAUCGUGAUUCACCGGGAGUACCGACCAGACAGCAGUGACUAUGACAUUGCCCUGGUUAGAUUACAAGGACCAGAAGAGCAAUGUGCCAGAUUCAGCAGCCAUGUUUUGCCGGCCUGUUUACUACCACUCCGGAGAGAGAGACCACAGAAAACAACCCCCAAUUGUUACGUAACAGGAUGGGGAGACACAGGACGAGCCUAUUCAAGAACUCUACAACAAGCAAACAUCCCCUUGCUUCCCAAGAGGUUCUGUGAAGAACGUUACAAAGGUCGGUUUACAGGGAGGAUGCUCUGUGCUGGAAACCUCCACGAAAGUACACGUGUGGACAGUUGCCAAGGAGACAGUGGAGGACCACUCAUGUGUGAAAGGACUGGAGAGAGCUGGGUUGUGUAUGGGGUAACCUCCUGGGGUUAUGGCUGUGGAGACAAGGAUUCUCCUGGUGUCUAUACCAAAGUCUCAGCCUUUGUACCUUGGAUAAAAAGUGUCAUCAAACUGUAAUUCUUCAUGGAUACUGCAAGAGAAAACAGUGCAUAAGAAUCUGAUGGAAACUGUUCAACCUUCACUAUAGUGCUUAGCCAGAGAUGACAACUAAUGGGGUCUGAGACCUGUGUUUGUUUUGUGUUGUUUGUGGUAAAAGUGGUUUAAUAUUACUGGCAAAGAAGUCAUGUUAUAUACCCCUUUCUGCUUUUGAACUUAUGAUGUGAACAUUUCUGGUUACUCAAGAAUACUGAUUAUCCUUAAUUCACAUUUUUGCCUACCCCAAUUAGUUUUGCUGGCUAGAUUCUCUUCUCAUUUGAGCCUUAUUUCUAAAUUUUGUAAUACUGAUUUUGCUAUAAGGCUCUUUGGCAUAUGAACUCAUAUUUUUUCAGUGUCCACAUUUGACGUGAUGAAAAAAAGUACCCUUUACUACACUCAAAGAGUGCCAUUAUUUUCUAUUUAUGUAAAAGGGUGACAAGGAAUCACACAUAACAUCUCUACAGCCUUUGUCAAGUGAGGAAGCCAGUGGCCCAAAAGGUAAAGGAAUUCCAUUAUAAACUCAGAUUGGAAUAACAGGAUCAAGCCCAUAAGGCCAUUUUGCCCAUCACAUCACAUUCCUGAAUGGUCUGUUAGAAGUCAAGCAUCCAUGAUUGUAUGGAGCACGAGGGAAACCAUAAGAGAAAAGUACAUGUAGCUAUUUUAUUACAAGCUAGCAAAAUUUUAAGGGAUGCAUUUCUUAUAGCCUAAUAAUACUUUCAAGUAGCUGUUAGAAGUACAAACUAAUUUCUUAUCCACCAAAUUUAUAAUUCAACAUUACGAAUAAUUAAAAUGGCAAUCUCAGCUUUUGUAUUUUGCCUUAAGAUAGUAUUCAAUACCACAUGCUUAAAAGUCAUUUAUCCCUCCAGUAACAUCUUAUUUCUGUAGUUUCUUAAAAAUCCAAUUUGCAACAAGUUAAUUAUAAUUAAUUGGCCAGCACAAGGGAAACUAUUAUAAAUUUUUUUCCAAAGAAAGCUUUUUUGAUGGCAACAGUUUAAAAUCACCCUUGUUAAAAUCACAUUAGCAUCACUGGUUUUAGAAGUCUUAAACUAGCUAUCAAAACCACAUAAAUUCACAGGGAGGAUAUGAAUUAUAUUUACAGCUGAUUCCAAGAUGACUUACCAACCACCUCAAAUUUGUAAUUUAGCAAACAGAAUGUUAACUUCCUUAGUGUUAUACCCCAGGUUUUCUGAACCAUGACACGAGUGCCAUCUAAUGUAAUCUACUGGUAAUUGACCAAUACCUGUGUCUCAGCAGUAUUGAUACAAUUCAACCUAAUACCAUUAAAAAUGUUUUCCCCUCUUCAAACUGGGAAAAAAUUAUGAAAAUAACUCGUUUCAAUUUAAUGCAUUUAUCAGCUAUCACACUUGGAAGUGCUGCAUACGUGACUUAUACAACUCACUGACAACUUACAAAAUACAGCCAUGACAUCCAAUAUAAACUCCGUUUAAAAAUCGGUAAAUAAGCUUAGAACCCAAGGUUAAUACUGUUAGGGAAAAGCUCCAAGACAAAGCUCUUAACCACACCAUGAUCUUGCUUGAGGCUCAUUGCUGACAAUGUUUUCUAAAGAGGAAGGUUACCGAUCAUUACACAUCCUUACCAGACACUCCUAGCAGUAAUGCCCUUUCAGGGUACUUGACUAACCUUUCCUGAAUGAUGGCUAAUGUCUUGGGACCUUCCCCAAAUCUCAGACAGCAAAGUCACCACCCAGGGGGUUUUAUCCUGUUCAAAAUCCAAGUUUUCCCUUUUAUGUCAUACUUUUCCUUCUUUCAAUGUGAACUGGUGCUAAUCUAUAAGUGCUGGAUAGUUGACUGCAUUGCAAUACCAUGUAUCAGGUAGAACAGCUGAGGCUUUCUAAGAGCCCAUAAAUUUUGACAAAGGGAAAACGGUGAUACAGGCGAGAAAGUGCAUUUUUUAUUGAGACAGCCUCCAGUACUGUGCUGGUGCAAUUUAAACCAGGGGCCGGCACACUAUAAGGAUAGUAAAACAUUUCUGAAAGCAGCCCUUAACAACAUGUAAACAAAUGGGCAUGGUUCCAAUAAAACCUUUGAAAACAGGUGGACUGCAGUUGGCUGAACCUUAACUGGAACAGUGAUGAAAUAUGGCUUUAUUAUAGCCAAUUUUGUUGUAACUUUUAAGUAACUUUAAUGCAAAUUUGUGUAAAUAAAACUUUUCCACCAUGCAUAGUUGCCUUAUUUUUCCUGUAGUAUAUAAGUAGUCUGUUCAUAUUUUAAUUUCCCACCUUAUCCUAUUAAUCCAAAGUGGUUACCCAGAUUAAUAAAGCAUUUUA